AGAAACACAAGUCAGUCAGUGAGCGUACGUCUCCACACAUAGUCGUAUUGGCGGUACAAGUCCGUUACGUGUUCAUAAGAUGAGUUUUGUUAUAAUCACUUGUUCGUUUAGAUCAUUUUUUUGAUGGAUAUCACGGUAUUCAAGGUGUAGUCCAAUGAUUAAUCUCUCAUAUCAUAAAUCCAGUUAGCAAGAAUAUACUAGUGUUCACAUGAAAACAAUAUGUACACUCCUUUAUUCACAUGCAAGGCAGUGUCUGGAGUGUGAACUAUGUGGUUCUCUAGUGCACUGGGACUAUUUGUCUUCACAAUUUCAACCGCAGGCUAUCCGUGGACUGAGGCACCCACUACGGUGCCCGAGUCGCACUUCCUACCUCAGCCCUACUUCGAGCAGACUCCCUCCAGUGUGAUGGUGCGGCCCGGACAGACAGUCCAGAUACCCUGCAGAGUUCGCAAUCUGGGAGACAAGAUUGUUUCCUGGAUAAGGCGGAGGGAUCUGCACAUCCUGGCUUCCGCAGGACUCAUGUUCACGGCGGACCAGAGGUUCAAGCUGCUGCACCCAGAUGGAGACUCCGCGUCCUGGACGCUGCAGCUGAGGGCAGCUCAGCCGCAGGACCAGGGACUGUACGAGUGUCAGGUCAACACUGAGCCUAAGAUGAAACAGUCCGUCCUACUCACAGUUUCCGACAUGGUAUCGGAUGACGCUAUGGAGCUAUCCAUGGGGGACGACGCCUCAGCUGUGGGCACAUCCAGGAUCCUGGGUCCCCGAGAGCAGUACGUGAAGGCAGGCAGCACGUGGACACUGACCUGCGAGAUCUCCGGGGUACCUGACAUCAGGAUACACAACAAGCCUGAGAACUUCCUGGCCAAACCUGCCCGUCUGGUGGACUGGCUGCACGAGGGCAGACUCCUCACAUACCAGUCCACAAGAGGCGGUGUCAACAUAGACACUGAGCACAUAGAUGGCCAGACAGUGACCAGACUGACACUUGCCAACCUGAGGAAUGAGGAUACGGGCAGGUAUGUCUGCAAGCCUCUGGCCCUCCCGCCGGCCGUCGUCACCAUCAUCGUCAUCGAGGGAGAAAAGACAGCAAUGUUGGGUAAAAACGUGGCAGCGGACUCGAUCUCCUCCUCAAGCCUCAUAGUAACCCUGACUGCUCUUCUCGCCGUCCUCUUCCUGCAACAUUAGCGCUCAUCUCGUGACUUCUACUGGCGUGGCCUUCCAGAACAAUUUCUUUCCGUCCUGAUAACUAUUCAGUAUCACGAAUGUUUUAUGCUUAUCUAUAAGUUGUGUACUAUAGUUUAGACAUUCACAUCGGUGGUAUACGAUAGAAUUAUUUAAUUUCCUAAAAAUCAUAAGUGAUUUACCAGAAUUAUAGUCGUCAUGAAUGUAAAUUUUCGAGAAACGAGAAAGUCCAUUUUGUCAGCUCACGCCAAACCUUGAAAAGUAUUAGACCAUUACACAGCCAUCACUCUGUGAUCAUUAUUAAUGAGGGUUUAUAUUCUGCAGAAGUAUAAUUUACCUUGUUUACAGGAAUAGGGUCGGGUAACGUUCUUAUCUUAUCUUAUCUAUGAAUGCCCCCGGCCAUCUAUGCUGAUUGUGGUGGCAUCGCCUCGCAGUGAUAACGACGAAAGAAUAACAUCCCUAUAGAUAAUACCUAUCAUGUAAAAAAAUAAUUCUAGAUGGCUGAUCACAAAUACCUGGGAGAGCAAUCAAAUAUUAGGAUGUAUACAAACAUAUAAACAUUUUUAGUGGUUCGAUGUGAGCUAACAUCAACUUUUUCAUUUUUUAAAUGAUAUAGUGAUUAUAGUUAAAUUUUAAACGGGUAAUAUAAAUUUAUAUACUAACAAAUAUUUAAAAACACUGCGUAUAUGUUUAAAGGUAAAUCAUAUGAAUUUGUGUAUUACAGUAUGUAUGCUGUUAUCAUUUUUUAAAUAAAAUGUAUAAAGUUUAGUUCAAUUUUUAUAUAAUUCAAGUCAAAUAAUUUAUUUUGGAAACUAAAAGAGAUUAAAAUGAUUCACUAGUGCAAGUGUUUAAUUAAAGAGGUAAUAUUAAAUUCUAUUAGUUCAGUUUACAUUUUCUAACCAUCCUUAUUGUAUUAGUCAAACGACUCAAAACUAUUUUAGCACUGCAUACAAAGUUGUUUGUUAUUGCUGGUAGAUUUGUUCUGGAAGUCUACGCAUUUCGAGGUCUUAAGACACUAUCAAAACUUUUGUAUUUUACGGUAUUCUUCGUUAGACCACUUCAACAGUUCCUUUUACAUUUAAACUAAAUUGUAAAAAGUGCACAGUUUUAAUUUUUUGUAAUAAACAUGUUUGUCCUUAA